CCUUAAUGUCUUAUUACAUAAAAGUAGAUUGAAACAUUGAUAAUUUAACAAAUUUCUUACAACAAAUACUAUACAGGGUAUUGAUAUUGUACAUUAAAAAUCACAGAGAAAAAUGAUGAUGACUAAUACAUAUUGAUAACGUAGGUGGGAUCUCGAGGAUCAUGCCAUGGAUGGACUACCAGAUUAUUUGAAAUCAGUGGUUAAGUUUGUAUUUGGUACAUUCCAAGAAUUUGAAAGAGAAAUUGGGUCAGAAUUGGGAGGGCUUUACAGUUUGGAAGUUACAAUUGAAUACGUAAGCAAUCGUAAUGAUUUUUUUUUUGGAAACGACGUAAUUAUAGUAAUAACUAUACAUCUUCAAACUUUUGAGUCAUUCCAGUUCAAGAUAUAUAUGAGAAGCAACCUUCAACUCGCCAAAUGGGCAAGCGUGGAUCACUUGCCUAGCUUUGAGGAAUACCUAGACGUUGCUGGAAUCGAGAUUGCUGUAGUUUUUACUUUGGCAUGUGUUUUGAUGGCCAUGGAGAAUAUCUGCAAGGAAGAAGCUUAUGAGUGGUUGAAAUCUAGAGAAAAACUCGUUAGAGCAAUGACCACAAAAGCACGAGUACCUAAUGAUAUGUUUGGCUAUGAGGAUGACAUGAGCAGAGGAUAUCUGACGGGCUCGGUCAACUGUUAUAAGAAGCAAUAUGGAGUUAGUGAAGAAGAAGCAUUCAGAAAGCUUCGUCAGUUGACUGCAGAAAUUGAUAAGAUGAUGGAUGAGGAGCUUUUGAAGCCAAUAAAUGUGCCCCGCCAGGUUCUGAAGGUAGUCAUGAUCGACACUUUACGUGCAAUAAAUGUUGCCUACGAUAAACGCGAUGGAUUUAACCGUCGCGAUGGACAUCUCAAGAAUAUAACGUCUAUGUAAGUUGAUAUUUGGGGACGUUGGUGUAUCCAACAUACUUGUGGUUUAUUAAGUAAUUGGGUGCGUACUUGUUGUUGUGAAACAAGAGAAUAGAAUAUGUAUGUUUUUGUAUUAUUCAUAAACAUAAGGAGCAAUUUAUAUAUAGGGAAUUACACCGUCAUAAAAUAAUAAAAAGACUAGAGAAAAGAAAAUACAAAUAUGGAAA